AUGUUUUUCGUCAUUGGAAAUAGCUCUCAACUAGCCUGUGUGUACUCAGCGCUCAUCCUCGUCGACGAUGUCGCUGUGACCGAUGAGAGAAUCUCGACCAUCUUGAAGGCCGCCAACGUUGACAUCGAGCCCUACUGGCCCGCUCUGUUCGUCAAGGCCCUCGAAGGCAUCAACGUCAAGGAUCUGAUCACCAACAUUGGAUCCGGAGUUGGAACCGGAGGUGGUGCCGCCCCGGCUGCUGUUGUCCCGGCCCCCUCAAAAAGAAGGAAGAAGAACCCUAGGAGUCCGAUAACGAUAUGGGAUUCCGUCUGUUCGGUUAUAUUUGUUCCCAUCGGAAUGCGGCAGUGGGGAAUCGCAGGUUGAUAUUGAUAGCCUGUUAUUUCCUCCAACGGUGGCAUUUUCAUUCGUACAGUUUUAAUGUACAAGUGUACAAAUAAUAAGAUCGGGCCAAAAUUAUAGAUAUCGAGUUAUAUUUUUAUCACCGCUGAAUUUUUAUGCCAAUUAUCGACAUUGUCCCUAGCAGAACCAUUUUAUCUGAUUUUUAGAUUUUGCGAGCUGCUUCUGUUCAUAGCCUCUGCGUUAUGGACACAACAUUAUGUCUAACAUUAUCAGCAUCAUUUUUGUUGGAGGGAUUUAUAAAAACCAAAUGGGGUCCUUCAACAAAGUUAGCAUAUAAGUUUCUUCUGCAUUAGUCUCCCAACUCCAGAUAUGUAUUCAUAUUUAAAUGUGGCAACUAUCCCAUUUCAAC